CGCCCCCUCCCCUCCGCCUCGAGCACCGCACGCGCGCAUCCGGCCCCCGCCACCACUAACGCUAGAAGCUGCUUACCCAGCCCCGCCCCGCCCUACCCUACCCCUGGCGGCCUCAGGCGACGCCGAGCGAGGCUGAGGCUGGCGGCGAAUCGCCGCAGAGCUGCGAGUCGGCAGCGCCCUCUGAUUGGACAGCGGGGAAGCCUGUCAGUUUAUUGGCCCCGUUGGUCCCGCCCCGUAGCGCAGGGCAGCCUUUAACCUUUGGCCCCAGCGGGCGCCAGCCACUCAGAUCGCUUCUUGUUGGUAUGUGUAGCGGCAGUGGCCGCCGGCGGAGCAGUCUGAGCCCGACGAUGAGGCCGGGAACGGGAGCCGAGCGUGGAGGCCUCAUGGUGAGUGAAAUGGAGAGCCAUCCUCCCUCGCAGGGUCCCGGGGACGGGGAGCGGAGACUGUCCGGCUCAAGCCUCUGCUCCAGCUCUUGGGUCUCUGCUGACGGCUUCCUGAGGAGACGGCCCUCGAUGGGGCACCCUGGCAUGCAUUAUGCCCCAAUGGGAAUGCACCCUAUGGGUCAGAGAGCAAAUAUGCCUCCUGUACCUCAUGGAAUGAUGCCGCAAAUGAUGCCCCCUAUGGGAGGGCCUCCAAUGGGACAAAUGCCUGGAAUGAUGUCUUCAGUAAUGCCUGGAAUGAUGAUGUCUCAUAUGUCUCAGGCUUCCAUGCAGCCUGCCUUACCGCCAGGAGUAAAUAAUAUGGAUGUGGCAGCAGGUACAACAUCUGGUGCAAAGUCAAUGUGGACUGAACAUAAAUCACCUGAUGGAAGGACUUACUACUACAAUACUGAAACAAAACAGUCUACUUGGGAGAAACCAGAUGAUCUUAAAACACCUGCUGAGCAACUUUUGUCUAAAUGCCCCUGGAAGGAGUACAAAUCUGACUCUGGAAAACCUUAUUAUUAUAAUUCUCAAACAAAAGAAUCUCGCUGGGCCAAACCUAAAGAACUUGAGGAUCUUGAAGGAUACCAGAAUACCAUUGUUGCUGGAAGUCUUAUUACAAAAUCAAACCUGCAUGCAAUGAUCAAAGCUGAAGAAAGCAGUAAGCAAGAAGAGUGCACCACAACUUCAGCAGCCCCAGUUCCUACAACAGAAAUUCCAACCACAAUGAGCACCAUGGCUGCUGCAGAAGCAGCAGCUGCUGUUGUUGCAGCAGCAGCCGCCGCCGCAGCAGCCGCCGCUGCAGCCAAUGCCAGUGCUUCCACCUCUGCUUCUAAUACUGUUGGUGGAACUGUUCCAGUUGUUCCUGAGCCUGAAGUUACUUCAAUUGUUGCUACUGUUGUAGAUAAUGAAAAUACAGUAACAAUUUCAACUGAAGAACAAGCACAACUUACUAGUACCCCUGCUGUUCAGGAUCCAAGUGUUGAAGUAUCCAGCAAUACGGGAGAAGAAACAUCUAAGCAGGAAACUGUAGCUGAUUUUACUCCCAAAAAAGAAGAGGAGGAAAGCCAACCAGCAAAGAAAACGUACACUUGGAAUACAAAGGAGGAGGCAAAGCAAGCAUUUAAAGAAUUAUUGAAAGAAAAGCGGGUACCAUCCAAUGCUUCAUGGGAGCAAGCUAUGAAAAUGAUCAUUAAUGAUCCACGCUACAGUGCUUUAGCAAAGUUGAGUGAAAAAAAGCAGGCCUUUAAUGCUUAUAAAGUCCAGACAGAGAAAGAAGAAAAAGAAGAAGCAAGAUCAAAAUACAAAGAGGCUAAGGAAUCCUUUCAGCGUUUUCUUGAAAACCAUGAGAAAAUGACUUCCACAACCAGAUACAAAAAAGCAGAGCAAAUGUUUGGAGAGAUGGAAGUCUGGAAUGCAAUAUCGGAACGUGAUCGUCUUGAAAUCUAUGAAGAUGUUUUAUUCUUUCUUUCAAAAAAAGAAAAGGAACAAGCAAAGCAGUUGCGAAAGAGAAAUUGGGAAGCCUUAAAAAACAUACUUGACAACAUGGCUAACGUAACAUACUCUACUACUUGGUCUGAAGCCCAGCAGUAUCUGAUGGAUAAUCCAACUUUUGCAGAAGAUGAGGAACUACAGAACAUGGAUAAAGAAGAUGCAUUAAUUUGCUUUGAAGAACACAUUCGGGCUUUAGAAAAGGAGGAAGAAGAAGAAAAACAGAAGAGUUUGCUGAGAGAAAGGAGACGACAGCGUAAAAAUAGAGAAUCUUUUCAGAUAUUUUUAGAUGAACUGCAUGAACAUGGACAACUGCAUUCUAUGUCGUCUUGGAUGGAAUUGUAUCCAACAAUUAGUUCUGACAUUAGAUUUACUAAUAUGCUUGGUCAGCCGGUUUUUUCAUUAGGAUCAACUGCACUUGACCUUUUCAAGUUUUAUGUUGAGGAUCUUAAAGCACGUUACCAUGAUGAGAAGAAAAUAAUAAAAGACAUUCUAAAGGAUAAAGGAUUUGUAGUUGAAGUAAAUACCACUUUUGAAGAUUUUGUGGCAAUAAUUAGUUCAACUAAAAGAUCAACCACAUUAGAUGCUGGAAAUAUUAAGUUGGCUUUCAAUAGUUUACUAGAAAAGGCAGAAGCCCGUGAACGUGAAAGAGAAAAAGAGGAGGCUCGGAAGAUGAAGCGAAAAGAAUCUGCAUUUAAGAGUAUGUUGAAACAAGCUACUCCUCCAAUAGAAUUGGAUGCUGUGUGGGAAGAUAUCCGGGAGAGAUUUGUAAAAGAGCCAGCGUUUGAGGACAUAACUCUGGAGUCUGAAAGAAAACGAAUAUUUAAAGAUUUUAUGCAUGUGCUUGAGCACGAAUGUCAACAUCAUCAUUCAAAGAACAAGAAACAUUCUAAAAAAUCUAAAAAACAUCACAGGAAACGUUCCCGCUCUCGAUCGGGGUCAGAUUCAGAUGAUGAUGACAGCCAUUCAAAGAAAAAAAGGCAGCGAUCAGAGUCCCGAUCUGCUUCAGAACAUUCUUCUAGUGCUGAGUCUGAGAGAAGCUAUAAGAAGUCAAAAAAACAUAAGAAGAAAAGCAAGAAGAGGAGACAUAAAUCUGACUCUCCGGAGUCAGAUGCUGAACGGGAGAAGGAUAAAAAAGAAAAAGACCGGGAAAGUGAAAAAGACAGAACUAGACAAAGAUCAGAAUCAAAACACAAAUCACCUAAGAAAAAGACUGGAAAGGAUUCUGGUAAUUGGGAUACUUCUGGCAGUGAACUGAGUGAAGGAGAAUUGGAAAAGCGCAGAAGGACCCUGUUGGAGCAACUGGAUGAUGAUCAAUAAAUUAUACCAAAUAUAUGUUUACAGUAUGAUUUAAAGUCUAAUUCAGACCAGGGACUCUAUUUUAAGUUCAAUUGAAAUAACACUGGGUUUUAAUUAUAUCACAGAAAAAAAAAAGUGCAUUUAAGUAUUGUUAUUGUGGACUUUAUAAAAGCAAAGGAAAUUGAAAAUAACUUUUGAUUCUGUAUCAAGAAUCAUAUUUUCAUACGGUCAUAACUGUCUUUCUGUGACCCUUUCAGAGGGCACUGCAGGAUGGAUUAAAGGUGGCAAUUUACUGAUAACUGCAGAUGUCUCUACUUUGUUCUAAAGUCUAAGUCAUGAGAUGAUUUGAUUUACUUUAUAGAAGUUGGAUUUUGAAGAUAUAAUGAAAAUUUUUUUGAUAUCUAGUAGUACAAAACAAAGCACCAGCAACUGAUAAAACUGGUUUUUUGUGCACUACCCAACUGGUUAAAGCCGAUAUGAUCUUUUAUGGUGAACUCAGAAAUAGGUGUUCUUAAUGGAAACCUGGUAGACCCUUAACUAUAGUGGUGUUAACAAGCACUACUAUAAUAAAGCCACCAUUAUUUUUUAUGAAACAUCCGAUUACAUUUUAAAAAGGCUAUUGUGAGGGCAUUAUUUUGAGGUGAUGUUUAAAAAGUUAACAUCAAAUCAAAUUGUAAAUUAGUUUAAAUAUAUUGCCUUAAGGACCUACUAAAGAAUGUGCCACCAAACGUUAAGUGAUAGUUGCAAUAUCCUUGUCUAAAACAAAAAUCAAUGUUGACUUUAAACAUUUUCUUUAACAGUUGUCUUUUUUUAAAAAAAAAUUCGAUCUUUCUCUUGCUUUUUUUUUCAUUGAGGAAGUCUUUUACCUUCCCUACUCACUGAGAAGUAUUGACUUCGUGGUACACAUUCUAAAGCAUUUCUGAUUUGAAUAUUUUUGUACAUUUUUAUCAAUUAUUAAACCUUCUCUUCUAGCGUG